AUGGCGCAGUACACUCCACAGAGAAAGGUGCCAACGGUACAAGAAUUCCGAGAGAUUGAGAAGCAGCGAGAGCGAGCAUCGCUGGGCAACGACUCUGAUCUAGCUGCCAGUGAGCAGGCCGAGACCGCUCCCAGCGCUCCCAGCGCUCCUAGUGCCCCUUCAAGUGCCCUCACUGAUUCGUCAGGAGGAGCCGCUCCUCCAGUCGCUGUGCCUGACCGCGAGGCGAGCUUGAGGCAGCGCAAGAACGCUGGCGCAGCUGAAGAUCCUGACGACGAUGACGACGCGCCAGAAGACGGCGAUUACGGCGAGCAGAGUGGCCAGGCCGAAAAGGAGCGCCUGAAGCAGCAGUCGCAACCCCAAGGCAAGCCUACAGACUUCAAGGAGAAGGGCAAGCGUCGCGUCGACGACCCCACGACUGGCGGCAAGGUCAUCAUCGCCGACUCCCGCAAGAAUGCCAAGGUCGAGCCCGAGAAGCUUGAGGCGCGCUAUUUCGACGAUAAGAACAAGGGCUUCUCGACCAACUGGCCCAACAACCGCUCCAAGCACGACCCCAUGUACGUCUCGCCCAACCCAGCUGAGCCUUCCAAUGUCCUCAUCCACCCGUUCCCCGAGCCACUCCACGUCGACUCUAUGACGAGCUUGACGGGUUCCUUCAAGAAGCUGGAGAUUGGCCUCGCCGUCGGCUCGGUCGUAAUCUGGUUCUUCGUGGCCUUUGGCGCUGGAUUCACAAAGUUCAUCUUCAGGUCAACUCUCAUCUUUGGCUUAACAUUCCUCGCCGUGACUGUCUCGCACCUCGCACUCCGCAAGAUUGAGAAGGACCUCGAGGCCGUCCGCACUCAUAUGCAGACGCAGCGUGGCCAGGACUACGCGCCUCCGAUGCCAGAGUCUGUAGAGUGGCUCAACGCUGCUAUCGCAGUCGUAUGGAGGCAGAUCGACCCUGCUACCUUCAUUCCCAUUGCCGAUCAGAUCGAGGACGUAAUGCAGCAGAGUUUGCCCGGCUUUAUCCAAGCCGUCAAGAUUUCUGACCUGUCUCAGGGUUCCAACCCAUUCAGACUGGUUUGCAUGCGCGCUCUGGCCGACGUCAUGGGCGACCGUGGCUACCCUCGCGCCGACUGGAUCCACGAGGGCAAGGAAGACGAGAAGACCAAGGAGGACGCCAAGGCUGAGAAGAAGGCAGUCGAGGGCGAUGCUGACGGUGACGGCAUCAAGGAUGACGACGAGGCCGGCGACUUCUACAACGUGGAGGUUUCCUUCUCAUAUAGCGCAAAGCCUGGAUCCAGUGCCAAGGACCGAGCUGAGAACAUGCAUCUGCUCAUCGAGUUCUUCCUCGGAGCCUACGACCUCUUCCAGCUGCCUUUCCCCGUCUGGGCACAGGUCGAGCACAUCUCCGGCACUAUCCGUGUCCGCGCACAGUUCAUCUCUAGCCCGCCUUACAUUCGCAACGUCACCUUCUCGCUCAUGGGCGUGCCUCGUGUUGAGGUCAGCGUUCAGCCCAUGACGCGCGCUCUGCCCAACUUGCUCGACCUUCCUCUCAUCAGCACUUUCGUCCAGAUGGCCAUUGGCGCUGCUGCCAACAUGUUCGUCGCUCCGAAGAGCAUGACUCUGAACAUGGAGGAGAUGCUCUCCGGUGCCGCCGCCAACGACACGAACACGGUUGGUGUCCUCUGGGUCCAGAUCGGUCACGGUGAGGGGCUCUCCGCGCAAGACGCAAACGGCAAGUCGGACCCCUACGUCAACAUUGCCUUUGCCAAGUUUGGUCGCCCCCUCUUCAGCUCUCGCAUCAUCUUCGAGGACCUCAACCCCAACUGGAACGAGGGCGUCCCCAUCCUCGUUAGCCGCGAUGACCUGCGCGGAAAUGAGGAGCUCAGCGUCCAGCUCUGGGACUCGGACGAGCGCACCGCAGACGACAUCGUGGGCCGCGUCAAGGCUAUCCCGCUUUCUGAGCUUGUCAAGAAGCCCAAUGUCAUGCAGGACCGUCAUGACAAGCUCGCUGGUUUCGAGGACGCAGAUGAGAUGAUCGGUACCUUCCACUGGAAGAUUGGAUUCUUCGAGAAGGCCAAUCUGAACAAGGAGCUGCAAAAGAAGGCGCAAGCUCGCAUUGAAGAGGACAAGAAGAUCGAGAAAGAGAAGGCCGGAGAGAAGUACAAGCCUCCUCCCAAGCCUACCAAGGAGGAAGAGGAGGCCGACCCCGACGCUACGCUUUGCCCUCCCGACCCGAAGUACCCCAGCGCUAUCCUCGGCAUCACUGUGGGCAGCAUCUCUGCCCUCGCCACGCGUGAGAUCGAGGAGGGUGUCAAGGGCAAAGAGCGCGAGGGCUCCUUUGGUCAGGAUGUCGAUGCGACGCAAGAGGGCAAGAAUCUGCCAAGCGCCUACUGCGAGAUCGUCGUCAACGACGACAUCCUCUUCAAGACCCGCGUCAAGCCGUACUCGAAUGCUCCCGUCUACAAUGCCGGUACGGAGGUCUUUGUCCGCGACUGGCAGAAAGCCCAGGUCAGCAUCAUUGUUCGCGAUGCGCGCAUCCGCGAGCAUGACCCUAUCCUUGGUAUCGUAUCCAUCCCCGUGGCCGAGGCCUUCCGCGACUCGUCUGCUGUCACGAAGCCUUACUCCAUUCAGGACGGUGUUGGCUACGGCCGCGUGAACAUGACGUUGAACCUCCGACCUGUCAAGCUUGAGCUUCCCCGCGCUCAGCUAGGCUGGGACACUGCCACCGUCGAGCUUCUCUCUGAGCCGCAGAUCAGCGGCCACACGCCCGAAUGGGACACGAAGCUCAAGAAGGUCAAGUUGCGCGCUAGCACGGGUGACGACACGCAGCCAGGCAUCGACGGCGGUGAAGCCGGCGAUGAUGCUGUUGCCCGUCUCCCUGUAUACGACAGGUACAGUAGCUCUCUCACCUUCGACUUCGGUGGCGGAGGCGUCAAGCUCGGCCCUCUGGGCGGCAAGCCGGACGCGAUUGCCAUGCAGCCUCUGAGCGAGUUGCCAGACGACGAAGUCAGCGAGAUUUCUAUCCCUAUUCUGGUUGGCGAAAACCUCGGCACUCUCAGGCGCAACUACAUCGACGAGUUUACCCAGCGCACACACAAGUUCGAAGAGGUGGGUACGCUGCGCUGCAAGGUUCGCCUGGACUCUGGGCUGGACGAAGACCACGAGAAGCUCGCGAAGGCCCGUGCCGCCCGUCAUGCGUACGAUGUGUACAACAGGCAGGUGGCUAUGCCUAACCGUGCGGAGACGAAUGCCCACGCCAACGACGAUGGCGUCAUUGACCGCAAAGAGCAGAAGUCGAUCAAUCGCGCUAAGAGCGAGGCGCUGCAUGCUAGGCAUCGCGGCAGCCAUGGGUACGCUGCGGUGAGGAGUGGAGUGUGGGCCAAAGAUGGAGUGAAGGAGAGGCUGAGGAAGGCCUCAAACUCGCUGAGGGGCAAGAAAGACAACGAUUCGGCGGAGAAGAAGGUCAAGAGUGAGGCCUGA